AUGUCGACUUCGACGUACGCGCCGUGCCUGGUCUUGAAGUGCUGUGAGUUGUUGCCUGUCGCGGAGCCCAUGAAAGUCGUCCGGAACGACCGCACGAAGGCCAAGGUCAAGCGCUUACCGUGUCCCGUGAGCGAGUUCGUGGCCUCGGUGAUGCUUUUCCGAGACGAACGCGUCGAUUUGUCGGGGAUGCAUUCGAUCAGCUACACGCAAAGUUAG